UAUGCGUAGAGUGUAAACACAAAUAGUAAACCGACAACACAACACAAACCGAUUCUUGUUGGAAAUUUCCUUGUUUUGACCUCUUUCUUCCUCACUGUCACCACUCGCUGACUGUUUGGUAGUGUCUUCCUUCCUUCCAUGUUUUCUUCGCCACAAAAUGCCUGAAACCGCCACCACUUGCAACCGCCACUAACCUCCACUUCCUACCAUGUCCACCAACCACUUAUCUAAUGGCGACUCCGAGCAUCGCCUUCGUCAACCCUUGCUCUCCUCUCAAAGAUCCAUCAUCAAUUCCUCCUCCCAAGUUGCCAUCGUUGGUGCCAAUGUCUGCCCCAUUGAAAGCCUCGAUUACGAGAUUUUUGAAAACGAGUUCUUCAAGCAGGAUUGGAGGAGCAGAGGGUCGCUUCAGAUUUUCCAGUAUGUGUUGAUGAAGUGGCUCUUGUGCUUUCUAAUUGGUACCAUCCUUGGUCUUAUUGGUUUUUGCAACAAUCUUGCUGUUGAGAAUCUUGCUGGUGUGAAGUUUGUUGUCACAUCCAACAUGAUGUUGCAUAAGAGGUUUUCAUUGGCUUUUGUAACAUUUUUUGCUUCGAAUUUGGCUCUCACGCUUUUCGCCACUAUAAUAACUGCUAUGAUAGCACCUGCUGCUGCUGGUUCAGGUAUAUCAGAGGUGAAGGCUUACCUAAAUGGCGUAGAUGCACCUGGAAUAUUUACCCUACCAACUCUGAUUGUUAAGAUUAUUGGAAGCAUCACAGCUGUGUCAUCAUCUCUUCAUAUUGGGAAGGCAGGGCCUAUGUUGCAUACAGGUGCAUGUGUGGCAGCAUUGUUGGGCCAGGGUGGGUCAAAGAGAUAUGGGUUAACAUGGAAAUGGUUACGAUAUUUUAAGAACGACCGAGAUCGACGAGAUUUAAUUGUAUGUGGUUCAGCAGCUGGGAUUGCCGCUGCCUUUCGUGCCCCUGUUGGUGGGGUGUUGUUUGCCCUCGAAGAGAUGGCAUCUUGGUGGAGAACUGCCCUUCUGUGGAGAGCUUUCUUUACAACAGCAAUAGUUGCAAUUUUCCUCCGUGCUAUGAUUGAUGUAUGUUUAAGUGGUAAAUGCGGGUUAUUUGGUAAAGGGGGACUGAUAAUGUUCGAUGCUUAUUCAGGAAGUCUUAUGUAUCAUGCAAAGGAUGUUCCUCUUGUGUUUAUUCUUGGUGUUAUAGGGGGGAUCCUUGGAAGCUUAUAUAAUUAUUUGUGGAACAAAGUUCUUCGCAUAUACAAUGCUAUCAAUGAGAAAGGCACCAUUUGCAAAAUUUUGCUUGCUUGUGUGAUCUCCAUGUUUACGUCCUGUCUUCUUUUCGGAUUACCAUGGCUUGCAUCUUGCCAGCCUUGCCCAGCUGAUCCAGUCGAGCCUUGUCCUACAAUCGGUCGGUCUGGUAUCUACAAGAAAUUCCAAUGCCCUCCUGGUCACUACAAUGAUCUUGCCAGCCUCAUUUUCAACACAAAUGAUGAUGCUAUCAGAAAUCUGUUUAGCAAGAACACGGACAGCGAGUUCCAGUAUUCGUCAAUGUUCAUCUUUUUCAUCACAGGCUUCUUUUUAAGUAUCCUUAGCUGUGGAGUGGUUGUUCCAGCCGGUGUUUUUGUGCCAAUUAUCGUGACCGGUGCAUCUUAUGGACGCUUUGUCGGAAUGUUGUUUGGUAAAAAGUCCAACCUUAACCAUGGCCUUUAUGCUGUACUCGGCGCUGCUUCAUUCCUCGGUGGAUCUAUGAGGACAACCGUUUCUCUAUGUGUAAUUAUUCUAGAACUGACCAACAACUUGUUAUUGCUACCCCUUAUCAUGAUGGUGCUUUUGGUAUCUAAGUCUGUAGCAGAUGUUUUCAAUGCAAAUAUAUAUGAUCUUAUAAUGAAAUCCAAGGGUUUACCUUAUUUAGAAACUCAUGCUGAGCCAUAUAUGAGGCAGCUAACAGUAGGUGAUGUAGUCACAGGCCCACUUCAGAUAUUUCAUGGCUAUGAGAAGGUCCGUAAUGUAGUGUUUGUCCUCAAAACUACGAGUCACAAUGGUUUUCCUGUUAUUGAUGAGCCUCCAUUUUCUGAAGCUCCUGUUUUAUUCGGUAUAAUCCUUCGUCACCAUCUUCUCACAUUGUUAAGGAAGAAAGUUUUCAUGUCGGCACCUAUGGCAAUGGGAGGUGAUGUCUUGAGACAGUUUUCAGCAGAUGAUUUUGCAAAGAGAGGUUCAGACAGGGGCGAAAGGAUUGAGGAUAUACAUUUAACACAGGAAGAGAUGGACAUGUUCAUUGAUCUACAUCCUUUUACCAAUGCUUCGCCUUAUACUGUUGUAGAAUCGAUGUCACUGGGGAAGGCGCUUAUACUUUUUCGAGAGCUUGGUUUAAGGCACUUGCUAGUGAUACCCAAGAUCCCCAGUAGAUCACCUGUGGUGGGUAUACUGACACGACACGAUUUCACAGCAGAACACAUAUUGGGCACGCAUCCUUAUCUAGUAAGAAGCAGGUGGAAAAGAUUAAGAUUUUGGCAACCAUUUCUAGAAAAUUUCUUUUGGUCAUCUCAGCUGCAAGGCUAGAAGGCUUACAUGUUCACUGCUCACAAGACCAGAGUACUGGUGAUAGUUUCUGUUUUAAAAUUUAAUGGAAUCCAGAGCUCUGAGUCAUAUUUACAUAUUAAAAGAAGAAUCAAAUAUGACUCAAUGAGCUUGCUUUCCUGUCAAUUUGCUCCAUGUCAAACUCAGCAUAGCUAAUAGAAUACAUAGAAUUAAAGCUACAUUUAGACUCAUGAAAGGGGAUAUAUUGGGGUGAAAUAAAAUGAUACGUCAUACGAGGCUCUAUUAUUUAGAUGGAAUGAACAUUAUGAAAUGCAUUUUAUUCAAUUUUGUUCAAUUUUAUCAUUAAAAUCUUCAAUAGAAUAAUAAGUUCAUUUCAAUUA